ACAAACUCAGUCCUGCCGUGGCCAGCCUGACUGACAAACGAAACUACACCGGAGCUCGUGAUCAUGGGGUGGAAACGGUGGAUCAAUCCCCGGUGGUUAGUGCCAGUGAUUACGUUCGCAUUGAUCAUUAUAUUCCCCAGUCCAGGAUCCGGAUCAUCGGGUACGACGAAACGCGCCUUGAAGAAGUUGAUUCUGCUGGACAAAAAUCCCGUUCUACCAGAUCGUGUGCGGUUGCUGGCGGAAUGUAGUGGAACGAAUUGUACACGUACCUGCCCGGAGAACUAUGCGAUCGACAGUGAGCAGCGGUACUGUCGCCGGAAACGCCAGGACAUUUGUCCUCCCGGGUAUAUCCAACGGUCCGGUGCUGGUGGUGGAGCCGGUUGCAUCGUGCAGGACAUCGAAUGUCCCCCAGGGAGUACCCGGGAGGGUGAGCGGUGUGUUGUUCGCAGUUUUUCCUGCCCCGUUGGUUACGCGCAGCGUGGCAGUAGUUGCGUACGGGACAAUAUCUGCCAGCCUGGUUACCGGUGGGAGAAUGGUCUCUGUUUUCCUCCGGGGGCGCGCGUCUUCUGUCCACCCGGUUACACCCAACAGGGCCGCCACGGUCCCUGUGCACCGAUCGUAUGUUCCGAUUGCUGUGAUUGCCAGGAGGAGGAAGCGAUGGCCACUGUCUGCCCUACGGGGUACACACACCAGUGGGGCCGCUGUGUCCGCUUACUGCAGGCUUCACCGGAGUUACGGAUCGAAUCCGUCACGUACAAGCUACCGAUCGAGUGUCGAAGUGCCGAAGCGACGUACAGCGAUGGCCGGUGUGAAUCGUGGACACUCGUUGGAAGGCCGGUCUGCAGCGAGGGUCACUCGUACAAUGGAUCCUGCGUUGAGGUGGCCAAAUGUCAGCGCGGAACGCUCAACAACGUUUGUUCCUGCGAGCACGAACAGCACAUUCCACCAUCCUGCACCAACGGUGGUAAGCUGCACGAAUCCGGGUCCUGUGUCAUCUCGCAGGUAAACUGUCGGCCACCGUUCCGGCUCCACAAUGGUGUCUGCGUGCGUGAGGUCACGAUUGGAUCACUCUGCCCAGCGGACACCGGUGUUCCGCCGGUUUCGGGUGGUUUCUGUAGCGUCGAUGAACCACGGUGUCCCCGUGGCUACGCCCUGGACAAGCACACUGGUCUCUGUCGGAAGGCAUCCACUUGUACUCGAGACUGUGGCAGUCGGUAUCAGCAGCAGGACCAGCAGUGGUGUGGCAUCCCGGCCAGUUGUCCCGAGGGUUACGCACUCAACGAGCACGGUUAUUGUGUCAAGGAAUCGAUCCACAAACCGUACAACUGUCCGGAGGGCACGAUCGAACGGAAUGAUGAAUGUUUGAGCGUUCAGCCACUCUGUCGAUCACCUUUGCAGUACCACGCGAACGUUGAUCAGUGUGUGAGGUGCGAUGAACGAUCGGCUUACUGUCCACGGGGCAAUCUUACCACCGGUGGUCUGUGCAUCUGGAGUGAAUCUGCCUGCCCCGAGGGAUACAGCUGGAAGGACAGCAUGUGUGUCGCACAGGACGCUGCGUUAACGGUGCGGUGCAAGCAGGGAUACGCACACGAUCGUCUCUGUAUCCAUGGGGAGCUCAAUUGUCCGGACGAGUACGAACUACUGGACGAAAGUUGCGUCGUGAAGAAUGAAAUCCACUGUCCCGAAGGGUCCUAUCCGAUCGAGGGACUGUGUGUGGUCGAACGUGAAUGCCCGGAUCAGUACCACGCCGGAUCGGAAGGCUGUGUGCGAGAAGUUCGACGACCGAUCAACGUCAGCCAGCCCAAUUGUCCACCCGGGUUUAGCUUCGGUGCAGAAGGUGAAGGUUGUCUUCGACGCACCGUGAUCGAUGCCACCAUCAAGCGACAGCACCGGAAGGAGUGUCCCGAGGGUUACGAACGACGAAUGACUGAUGGUUGGUGUGUGCGUGCCAUCACCAGCUUUCCCAUCUGUCCACCACAAACCAUCUACACGGAUCGGAACGAUCGCUGCUAUUGCGAGGUCGAUCUCGGGUGUCCAACGGGAUACGAACGAACCGGAGCGGAUUGCACGUAUCGUGGCGUUGGUUUCACCGGAUAUCUACACUUCUUGAUUCCGUGCUACGGUGCGCUGUGUGGUGCCCAGCACUGCCUUAGCCACUGCUCGAGUCCACCGUGUCCGAUCGAACCUUGUAGUGGCGCCAAUCAUGCGCCCGUUCGAACGCCCGGAUCUUGGGCAAACGGUUGCCUCGGAUCCGGUACUGGAGGAGAGAACUGUCCACCGCAGGAAGUGCUCGGAUUAGUUUGUCCUCCUGGCUACGAACGUGUCAACAGUACGUGCGUCACGUACUACGAUAAAGUGUGUCCGGUUGGAUACAAUUUGACCACCAACGGCGAAUGCCAACGAGAGAUACUGCUGGAACCAUCCUGUCCACCGGGUUAUUCACACUCCAGCGAACCCGCUUCCGGUCACUGUGAACAUGCGAGCUGCCCAGAAGGCUACAAACUGACCGGAAUUGGAAAGACCUGCGAGAAGCGAGAACUUCGUUCACCGAAACCAUGUCCACCCGGGCACGAUUACUACCGAGGAGUGUGCUACCGACGAUCGCAUUGCCGCAAUGGAACCGUCGAUGGUGCGUUCUGUGUGGAACGGGCUUUUGCCAAUCCUAUCUGUCCGCAAGGAUUCGUCCUUCGUGAGAAUGAUUGCGCCACCGAAGGUACUUGCCCUUCCGGUUCGACCUACAUCGAUGGAUCGUGCCUCCGGUUGGCACAACCAGCUUCCUGUCCCGAGGGAACCUAUCGUUGGGGACGACUGUGCGUUUAUCCAGAGGCACCCGAAUGCGAUCGUCUACCGCACGUGCAGACCAGCUGCUCGUCCGAGGUGGACCAACAUGGACGCUGCUGGCAUCGAGUGGCACCAUCCUGCCCUCAAGGGUACCGACUGCGUGAUGGUCGGUGUGUCGUGUGCCAAACGGAACAACCCAACUGCCAAGCGCCGAUGGCCAUUCGCGGAGAGAAUUGUGUUGCAGAGCGGAUCGUGUGCCCCGAGGGACACUUCCUACGUGGUAAUGUCUGCAUCUUGCUACACAUCGCACUGCCACGUUGUCCUUCGGGUGAGUUCGGACUUUGCCGAGGAUUCUGUAUCGCUCCGCAUACACCAGAUUGUGAGGCGGCCAUCGAGUACACGUUGCCGACCUGUAACCGUGGCCUACUGUAUCAGGGCCGGUGCGUGGAGCAUGCUCGCUGCGAUCCAGAAUCUACGCUCAUCGACAACGAGUGCCGGUUGCGAACGUUCACCGAUACGUCCUGCCAUGGCAAGGGCACAAAAAUCGGCGAGCAAUGUGUCGGUGGGCUGCCACAGUGUCCUGCUAGCUAUGCGCUCACCAACGGUCGGUGUUAUAGCUGCGCCAUCGAAAAUGCUCAAUGUUCCAGCGGCGGUGGUGGUGGUACGCUCUGUAAGGACAGUUUCUGCCAUCUGGAGGAAGCGCGCUGCAGCGCAUCGGGAUCCUUCUUUUUCGAUGGUUAUGGAUGCCGUGAGCUGACCACGACUGAAGCCACCUGUCCACCGGGAACCAGUCCGGAUCGGCACGAUCGCCAUUUCUGUCAACUGCAGUCCGAAAAGGCCAGCUACAUCUGUCCACCGGAGUAUUACUACCAGCAGGGUGUCUGCCUGAAGAAACUGUACAGCCAGCCCAGCUGUCCACCCGGGGAUUAUAAGCUGCGCCACGGGGUGUGUCUCCGUCGUAGCUGCACGCGAAUGUCAUCGGGCGUUACAUGUGCCAGCGGAACCGAUACCACGGCAAUCUCGUGCGCUCAAUGUAUGAACAGUACGAUCGGUGGCGCACGGGGUAAAACGGCGACAAGCUUGACGAACACGAACAACGCACUCGAUCUUUGCUGUGCCGUGUUUUCGCCAAGAAUAUGCCAACUGGGCAACCGGUGCUACCACGAGCGUGAAACGGUGUGCGGUUCAUUCUGCCUGACCGAGGACGAUCGUAUCUAUCUCACGGUUCCGGACAUUACUUGGAUCGGCGGUCAACUCUACAUGGCCCCUAGGAAGAUGGACGGCGACGAAGAUGGCGACGAGGGCGACGAGGACACGGAGGGAUCCACUCCGGAACCAGAGUCAUCAUCGGCCUAUGUGCGCGAUUGCAUCCAGUGCCGGUUGCGUCUGGGCCGGUGCCCGAAGGUGUGUGACACUUACGACUGCCAAACGGAGGGUGAUGGGGAGUGCAACUUUAAAGAUGCUCGCAAGUUCUGUUGGCAGCACGAUUCGGUCAAUCUAUGUAAGAGAUUUAAAAGGGAAUACUAAGCCAUAGACGCGUGAAGAAAGAGGCACUGCAAUAAAGAAAUAUUAGUUGGUGAA